CUUAGUACGGUGAAGGUUCUGUCUAGUGUCUGAUUUAAUAAUUUGCAUUUUGCGCAAAACAUCAUCAUGUUCAGAUACGUUGCCGUAUUCGUCUGCGUUGUCUCCCUUGCCCAGGCCGGUCGUAAACAACCGGUUGCUCAAGCUUCACAUCACAUUGAGACUGUUAUUAGUGGACAUGGUGGAGAUAUAGGAGGAGAUUCUGGUAAAUACUCAUCUGGCGCUGAAUUGAGCAGUUUGGCCCACAGUUCUGCUAUUCAAGCUAAGACCGCUGUCCAAAACCAACAUACAGCUGGAAGCCAAGCUGCUUUUGGUGCCAAGAGCAGUUUAGCUCAAGCUGCGUUAGGAGCCGCAGCAACCGCCCAAGCUGCCUUGGUCGGCAAACAAGCAAUCGUCCAAGGUUUGAAGAAACAACUGCUCGAAGCCCAACACCAACUCCAAGCUGAAGUGGCCCAAUUGCACCAAACCCAACAAGCUGCCGCCGCCGCUACCGAAGCCGCCGGCCAAGGCCAGGCCAGUCUGAACGCCGUUACUGCCGCUCUUGCCGCCGCCCAAGGUGCCGCCACCCACGCCCAGGAAGCCGCUUCCGCUGCCGCUAACGUUGCCGCUUCCCAACAUCAAAUGGUUGUAGACGCCAAACAACGUGUAUCUCAGAUCACCGCCGAACUGCACUCCGCUCUGGGACAGCUGGCCGAAACUGAAGCUUCCGCCCAAAAGGCUCUGUCCGCCGCCGCUGUGGCUCAGUCAAAUGCUGCAGCUGCUGGCGCGGCCGUAGCCGUAGCUGCGGAAAGUGCUCAAACCGGACACGGUGGACACGGCGAUUACGAAGGUGAAAGCGACGGUGGUAAAGGAUACUACUAAAUUACUAUAUCUAAAAACAGGGCCAUUAAAACACAUGUAAAUAUCCAUUAAAAAAAACACAAACAGGAAAAUAAUAUAAUAUUGAUCUCCACCAAGAUCUGAAUGUGAUAAAUUAGUUAAGAAUCAUGUUUUCAUUUCAUUGUUUUGCGCAUUUCAUAUCAUCUUAGUUGCUAAGUGUUUCCAAGAAAUUAUGUAGUAUUUCUAAUUUUGUUGAAAGGUCAUUUAUUCUAAUUAA